AAGAAACUUUUUGCUUUUAUGGGUCUACAAGCCUUAUCUUUUCUCCAAAGAGAAAUGUAGUUGAUGUACUUGAUGGGAUCCCUUUACGGCACCAGCAAGCAAGGAGUUAACUAACCAACGCUUUAAAAGAGGAAAUGAAGGCAUCCACUGUCUUAAUUAUACUGACAGCACUGCAGAAUUAUGACUAAAAGCAGAGAAGUUUCAAGGAGCGUCUAGCUUUGAGCGGAUUUACUUUUCUGGUGUCUUUUGAAGAUUAAGAUGUUGCACAAUAUAGCUCUGCUCUCCACUGUUACUGUUUUGGCUGUGCUGGAACAAGCCUAUUUUGCCGUCCAAGUGAUCACCUUUCGGCGGAAGUUCAAAAUCUCUCCUCCCAUCACUUCAGGCCCACCAGAAUUUGAAAGGAUCUUCAGAGCACAAGCAAAUUGCUCAGAAUAUUUCCCAAUAUUUCUCUCCCUCUUAUGGGUGGCUGGAGUCUUUUCCCAUCAAGUUUUGGCUGCAUUCUGUGGAGUAAUUUACCUGUAUGCUCGCUAUCAAUACUUUAGAGGCUAUAUGCAUUCUGCUGAAAGAAGGUUGGGCCCCAUGUAUUUCAGCACUGGAGUUCUUUGCAUUCUUAUUGGUUUGUCCAUGGUGGGAUUACUUGUCCAUUUUGUGCGAAACUUUUGAUUCCUCAAAUGUGCUUUGAAAUCAGCCAUUCAACUGACAAAACGAUGAUUUGAGCCUUAGUUUUCAACUUUCAUUUCUCCUUUUCCCCCCAAAUUAAAGCAGUUUUGCACAUCAGCCUUUUUGAACUAUAAUUUUCUAGAAAUGUAUUUUUGUUUUCUGUUAAUGUUCCUAUGAAUUUUCUCUACAGUAGUAUUGUUAUAUUUAUUUCCUGUGCUUAAAAAAUUGUUAAGUUGUAACAGACAUACUUACAAAGUAAAAUUCUGAAUAAUACAUGAUGUACUAUUAAGCUGGUCUCUGAUGCUUUGAACAAGAAACAUGAGGCAUCAAGAGAGCCAGUCAAGGUCUGGAUUCAGUGCAGUUGGAAUCGAAGUCUUGUACUAAGAUGUUAUGCUCAUGGGAUCUAGUCUACUGGAAGACAACCAGAAUUAAGCCUGAGUCAAAUUAGCUAGAGAUGAUUGUUAGGAACCAUGGAUGAAACCAAGAUUUCUUUUAAAGAACCCUUAUUGGGCUUCUCUCAGAAAAGACACAUCCAGAAUGAGGUUAUAUAUAAAUAAGUUGAUGAAAAGGUUUACUCUUUUACCAUAUUUUCCAAUUAUUAAGCUGAUUUUGUCUUCAUUAUAAUUCUAAUGAUCUUUCACCUCACAAAUCAGGAGGCUGCGAGUUCAAUCCUAGGUAGCAGCAGUUAUUUCUCUCUGUGGAGGCAAAGAGAAAAUAUCUGCUGUGAGCUCUGUGUAGGCAUCAGGAAUGGCAUCCCGCCACUUAAAUGGUCAGCUCCGUUUGGUCACCCCAACUCCAACCUGAUGCAAAGGAUUACAGGGUCAUUAAAACAACACAAAAAAUUGUCUUGAUUUUAUUCUUUUCUCUCUUGUAUUCAUAUUGUUUUAAAAUAGUUAAAAUAUUGGGAACUAUAGGUACUAUUUUAACUAAAGCCCCACAUACUGGGGUGGAUCCAAUCUGGUGAGGGAAGAGUUAGGGCCUAGGACCAUGAUGGCGAACCUAUGGCACGGGUGCCACAGUGGCACGCGGAGCCAUAUUGGUGGGCACGCAAGUGUUGCCCUAGCUCAGCUCCAGCAUGCAUGCGCGCACCGGCCAACUGAUUUUCAGGCUUUCUGGUCCCACCGGAAGUCAGGAAACUGGCUGUUUCCGGCCUCUGGAAGGCCUCCGGGGGGAUGGGGAGGCUGUUUUUGCCCUCCCCAGGCUCCUAGAAAGCCUCUGGAGCUUGGGGAGGUGGAAAAACGGGCCUACCGGGCCCACUGUGCCAUCACAUGCCAAAAGCAGGGGGAAGUGUGUGGGGGUCAUGUGCGCAUGUGCGGGAGGGCGGGGCGCAUUGAAUUAUGGAUGUGGGCACCCGCACCUGCAACCCCCCACGCUCCCCCCGCUUUUGGCACGCAACGGCAAAAAGGUUAACCAUCACUGGCCUAUGACCUAGUAUAUAUAAACCAGUCAGAAGCCAUUGUAAAGCGGAACUUUAGAACAGACCUAAUCUGGGAGUUAAUGUACACUUGCUGAUUUGGAGAAGUUUCCUGACUAACAGAAGGGGUGCAAGAUUUCUUUGUCUUUCUUAGAUGUUAGUAUUGUGCUCUUUGUAAAUUGUAUUUUAUUGUUUUCUCCUUUGUUUUUCAUAUUGCCUUGGAAUAAAACCUUGAUUACCCA